GUACCUGGCGGGUAAUCAGCUCAAUGGCUCCUUUGAUGCAUUUACAGGCUAUAGUUAUUGGCUAAGGGAGAUGGAUCUUUCAAACAACCUGCUCUCAGGCAGCAUCCCUGCUGGCCUCAGUGAUCUGUAUCGUCUGGAGAUCUUAGAUCUUUCUUCCAACCAGUUUGAAGGCAGCAUUCCUGCCAGCAUCAGUGAAAUGCAAUAUUUUCUGACCACCUUGUCUUUACACCACAACCGCUUCAUUGAUACAAUCCCAUCCACUUUCAGCGCCCUUACAAACCUGAAGACCCUAAACUUGGCCAGUAAUGCGUUAUCAGACUCCAUCCCAUCAGAGCUCAGUACCUUAACCAAGCUCACCUACCUGGAUCUGAGGCAGAACCAGCUGACGGGGACUUUCCCAGAAAGCCUCUCUGCACUGACAGAUCUCCAAGAGCUGUGGCUUGAAAACAACCAGAUCACUCAAACGCUUCCAUCUGCACUCGGCAACCUUGCCAAUCUUAGAAAUAUAUCUCUAGCCAACAACAAUCUCUUCGGACGCAUACCAGACACUGUCACCUCGCUCACAAACCUCAUAACUUUCGACCUCUCUCACAACUACUUCACAGGCGGCCUUGUGAAACCAGCUAACGUGCUGGCUGUGCUUUCAUACAACUACCUCUCGGGAACUCUGCCUGCAAAGCCGACAGACCUCCUCGAUUCCAACUGCUUCAAACUGGCUGCAGGAGAAACUGAGCCGGUGCAACGCACGCAGUCAGCGUGCCGCGCGUUUUGCGGCAUCUCGAUGGGUUCUGACGUGGGGGGUUGCAGCGGUCAUGGGGUGAUGUGUUAUCCCGACGGGCCUAACUUGGUUCCUACCUGCGUGUGUGAAGCAGGGUUCUACACGUUCCGAAGGACGUAUUGCCUUGCAGCAGAAUCGGUCCUUGCUGCUCCACUUGAGAAGGCGAUUCUUCCACCGUCAACGGUGCUGACGGCAGGACUGAAAGCAGAAGCCAAAGGACUGUUCACAGCAGCGCGAGUGCCUCUCUUUGUGUACCAGAAUGGACAACAGGACCCAGGCUGUGGGUUCGAGCUGGCCUUCAGUGUCAACUUCACCUUCGUCCUGUCGCCCAAAGCCAAGGCCGCUUCUAACGGCUUUGCCUUUGUCGUUUCAGCGACCAACACAGUGGGGACCAACGUUGGAGUGGGGUUCGGUGGGAUGGACAACCGAAGCAUGGCGAUCGAGUUUGACGUGCUUCAGAACAAGCCACACAACGACAUGAAAGAUCCACACGUGGGGCUGAAUAUCAACGGCCAGGACACAUCAAUCGCUGCUGUGAAGUCCCCGUUCCUACUGACCAAUAAGAAGCCAUACACGGCAUGGGUGGACUAUGUUCCUGGGGAUCCAGGCACCAUCCAGUUGUUCCUGGCAACAACAGCAGUGAAACCAGCAAAGCCGCUGCUGGACAGGCGACUGUCACUGUGUGCUGUGCUGCAGCCGGGACCGCCGCAGGGGGAGGGGAUGCCGGAGCAGCCGCGGGCGUUCUACUUUGGCUUCGUGGCGUCCACCACUGUGAAGCCGUUCAUGAUUCAAGUCAUUACCAGCUCUUACCUGCGCACAGACCAGCUCAAAACACUUCCCAUCUGCCACUGCACCUCCUCUCACCCUCCUCCUUUUCUCCCCGUGCUGUCGCCCCUCUCCCUCUGCCCCCACCCUCCCCAACUCCUGACACCAUUCCUCCCAUCCACUACAGCCUACGGUUUAGACGUAUCACUGAACACGUAUGUGCCCACAAGGGCUAGCCCCUUCCCGCGCUACGUGAGUGCGGACUACCGAGUGUCGGCGGGGCAGAAGGACUCGUGGGUCUUCAGGGACCUCCACUCCUGGGACGCCGUGCCCUUCCUCGGCUGGCCCGUCAAGGACCAGAAAGAUUGCACAUCUUCCCUGCAUUGGUUCUUCUUCAUCACCACUGUUGUCACCAUAAGUAGGUAUCUCCUGCUGUUCCACACUCCUUCCGUGCCCGCUCCUUCAGAUGCAUGCUGGGCAUACGCAGUGGUGUCAGGCAUAGAAGCAGCAUACGGCAUCGCAACGAAUCAAGAGGCGCCAGUGAUAUCAGUGGAUUCGCUCUUCACAGCCAUGAAUCUCACCACCCAGGCAGCCAAGUGCACUGCGGGAGGCUCUCCCACUGAAGCCUUUGAGAAGCUGAUGGCUCUGCCCCAAGGGGGCAUUACCAUGGAAGGCAAUAAGAAAAUCACGUACCCUGUCCAGGGUUUUGAGCGCACUGCCUUCAAGGGGUAUGUGGGGCUCAUGCUGGCAGUGCAGCGGCAGCCAGUGGUGGUUCACGUUGAAGCGUUGGCUGCUUCGUUUGCCAAAUACGAUGGAACCUUCAAGUACCAGGAUCCUGCCUGCUAUACCGGCAACCUUAAUCACGUUGUACUCGUUAUUGGCUACCUUGUGUUGAGGAAUGACGGGAGCGAGAACCGCAUUGCACCUCCGUUUUGGAUCAUCCGCAACUCGUGGGGCGAGGCGUGGGGAGACAGGGGCCACAUGCGCAUGGACAUUCAGGGAGGGGAUGGCGUGUGUGGCAUCAACGUGCUGCCUGGCAUCUACCCCAUUGUCAAGAUUCCAGGGGAUCCGUGCGGCUUGAAGAGCUACAAGGGCGAUGGAGACCUGCAGCCCAGCAUGAACCCGUGCGGUCGCUUCACCUGCACGCCCUUCCCCAAGACCAACAACAACACCUGCGCCUGCACCCUUCCCGCCCCUCAGACCAAGCAGCCCUUUAUUGAGGCUGCAAAUGGCUAUGGAAACACCUGUGUCUAUGUGGACGUGUGUGGGUCGUACUUCAAGAACCCCUGUGCCGUGGGCACAUGCAUCAACGAUGGCAAGGGCUCCUACUCCUGCAUCUGCCCACUCAACUACGUCAACAGCACAACCAUUGACAACUUUCCCACCUGCGACCCAGCCAACACCACUGCUGCCAACUUGGUUGUGACAGGAGACAACUGGCUGUGCUCUGACAUUUACCCUCUCGUGGGCCUCACUCUAUCGCAGUUCACAUCACAAAACCCGACUGUCGUGUGCACAAAGGCCUUGCCAAAAGGCAAAAGGCUUCGGAUUAUUGAUUCUCCUGCCAUCCCCUGCACUGCGUACUUCUACACUCUCAGCGGCGACACAUGUCUUUCCAUCGCCAAAUCGCUUCGCACCACCGUGAAUGAUCUCAUGAAUCUCAACCCCGGCCUUGACUGCACGCAAACCAUCAAGGCCGGCCGCUCCAUCUGUGUGGAGCGCAACGACACAUACGCCUACACCGUGCCUGAGUGUGUGAAAUACACCAUUCUCACAGCAGAUGACACGUGCGAGAAAAUGCUGCAGGGGCAGGGAUUGCAGAACGAUCCGUCCAUCUGGGCUGAGCUCUACCGCAACAAUCCCGGUCUUCUCUGCUCCAACGUCGUCCCUUCCUCUGCCUCGGCUGUUGGCAGCAAUGCUGGCGUGGAGGUGUGCCUGAAAGCGGAAUAUUGGCCGUUUGAACUCGGCAAAUGCACCAAGGGCCGGCCCAAGAAUGUGUCCCCAUCGCUGUCCUGUUCCGCUGCUUACAGCUACUAUGGUGGCACUAUGACCCAAGCAGCUGCAGAUUUUAAUACCUACAACGGCAAUGCCUGUGCCAAGAAUGUUGGGGCCUACAGCUGGGAGUCACUCCACUUUGCCUUCCACUGUCUACUAUUGCCUUAUCUUGUCCUUGUCAUUGUGGCUGUAUGUUGA